AAAACCAUGAAAUAAAUUACCCAAAAUUAAUUACUUUAUUUCCCAAAAUUCAAAUUAAAAAAAAAAACAAAACAACCCGAGAGAGAAAAAGAAAAAGAAAGAUAAAUAACGAAAGAAACAUAGCGGAAAAAAAUCCUACGAUUUUGUCUUGGUCAACUCAACAAUACAUUCAUAAUAAUCGAUGCCAACGAGACUACGAGACGAGACACAGUUUUUUUCUUCUUCGAUUUCAAUAUAUUGGUGGCACGGUUUCUCUUCUUGCGACUUCUUGAAUCUUGGCGAUCACCGCCAAGAAUAGUUGUUGAUGACAUGAUAAGUGUUGGCCAGGGACUGUUCUGCGUGAAUGUUGUUUACUCGUGUUAAAUUAUUCUAGGGAAACUCGAUAAGCAUUUGUAGCGCGCCAAGGAAAUUGGAAAGAAACCUUUAGAUUGGGCCAGAGAUGGCUCCCGGAGGCAGCAUUUUCAAAGAAGUUCUCGAGUCUCACCUGAUGUCUUCGGAUUAUGAGACCGGCAAGGCUAAAUCUGAGGCUAAGAUUAACAGUACACUUACAAAGUCUACUAGUGUUGGGUUGAAUGGAAAGAACGGAACUAGUUCGAAGAAUGGCGUGCACGACUUACUCGGGUGCCCUGUCUGCAAGAAUUUGAUGUAUCCUCCAAUUCACCAGUGUCCAAAUGGCCAUACAUUAUGUUCUAGUUGUAAGAUAGAAGUCCAUAAUCUCUGCCCAACAUGUCAUCAUGAUCUUGGGAACAUAAGGUGUUUGGCUUUGGAGAAAGUGGCGGAAUCUUUGGAGCUUCCUUGCCGAUAUCAGAGUCUAGGUUGUAACGAUAUUUUUCCUUACUAUGCGAAGCUUAAGCACGAGCAAAGUUGCGGAUUUCGUCCAUACAAUUGCCCCUACGCUGGGUCUGAGUGUUCUGUGAUGGGUGACAUUCCAACUCUCGUUGCUCAUCUCAAAGAUGAACACAAGGUCGACAUGCACGAUGGAUUCACCUUCAAUCAUCGAUACGUCAAAACAAAUCCACACGAAGUUGAAAAUGCCACAUGGAUGCUAACUGUUUUCAACUGUUACGGGCGACAUUUCUGCUUGCACUUUGAGGCUUUCCAGCUUGGCACAGCUCCGGUUUUCAUGGCCUUCUUACGGUUUAUGGGCGACGACAACGAGGAGAAGAAAUUCAGCUACAGUUUAGAAGUCGGUGCAAACGGGCGCAAACUUAUAUGGCAAGGAAUUCCGCGGAGCAUCCGUGACAGUCAUAGUAAAGUUAGAGAUAGUCAAGAUGGACUUAUAAUUCAGAGAAAUCAAGCCCUUUAUUUUUCUGGCGGUGAUAAACAGGAGUUGAAAUUAAGAAUCACGGGUCGAAUAUGGAAAGAAGAUUGAGAAAAAGGUGUAAAUAUAACAAUGUAUUAAGAAGAUUUAAGGAUGUUCUAUUAGUGAUUGUUGUAAGAUUUUGGUCUCUGGCAAUGUGUAUCACUAUGAUCUAUUUAUCUUCAUAUACAGAUUCUCCUUCAAUUCCACA